AUGUCAAUAUUUGUCCUGCUGGUUCUCGGGAGCAGUCCCGCGACGUUGGCGGAGACUUGCUAUAACAACAUCGGCAACCAAGAUACUGGCUUCGUCGCGUGCGACCCAAAUGCCGAAUCCAGCGCAUGCUGUAGUCCUGGUGACAUUUGUUAUAGCAAUGGCCUUUGUCAACCUGGCCCGGAGCAGCCGAACAAAGGGAUCACACCAUACUAUGUCGAUGGUUGCACAGACCCAAGCUGGAAUAGUCCCGUAUGUAUGGCAAAGUGUUUGAACGUUACUGGUAACGGCGUUGAGACCUGCGGAGGCCUCAACCAGUACUGCUGCUAUGGGUUUGGGGGCUGUGACUGCUCGAAUUCGACGCAAGUCAUUAGCAUUGCUGCCGGCAUUGUUAUUACCACCAUACCAAUGACGUCCUCAACUGCAAGCAUCAGCAACUCUUCAACAAGCUCUACGACAUCUGUCCCUAGCAGCACCGACAGCUUCCGAAGUGCAACGACCACACCAGCCUCAAAAUUAUCAAGCUUCACAAGCGUCCUCGCAUCGCCUACCGCCGUCUCCUCAAACUCCUCGAACCAAUCGUCAACUAGUCUCUCUACCGGUGCGAAAGCUGGAAUCGGGAUAGGGGUUGGCCUCGGAGCCGCAUUGGCCUUAAUUGGCCUGGCAUUCUUCCUGAUGGGCUGGCGCAGACGAACAAGACCAAGCUAUAAUGCCCAAGACCAUAGCAAACCUGGCUACAAGCUAGAGGUGAAUGCGCGCCAAGACGGUGAAGCCAAAAGAUGGACGGAACAGAAUUUCCACGAACUGUCCGCUCAUCGAGACCAGACUCUAGCCGAAAUGGAUGCUCCCUAA